CCCCAGCUCAACGCCACGGAAUGCGAUGCCUAUUAUUAAAGAAUAAUCAUGAUAAUUAAUUAAAAUACUCAUUAAAUCCUCCCCGCCGCGGGAUGUACGUUGGGACUGGGAGCUGGAGGGUGGUGGAGGGGGGGGGAACCCGGCUCGCUCCGGCCCGAGCGGGUCCGUCGGAUUCGUCAAGGUCGUUUUUAAUGAGCUCGUUUGCAAACUCAGUCGGGCAGCGGAGGCCGAGGCGGGAGGACGGGUGAGGGGUGCUACAAAAACGGGGGUGCAGUCCCCUGAAACGUCCCCGGGAUGGAGCGCCCUGUCCCCGGGGGGCUGCGGGGGGAGAAGGAAGAGGAGAAGGAGGAAGAGAGGGUGCUGGUGUCAGAGCACAACUGGAGACCCUGCCCCACCGCCCGGAGAAGGGUCCGAGGGUGCUUGGCGUGGGUGAGGCGGCAGCUGUUCCGCGUCGGGGAGGAUUGGUACUUCCUCUUCAUCCUGGGGGUGCUCAUGGCCACCAUCAGCUUCGCCAUGGACAUCAUCAUCACCAGGAUGUAUGCGGCCCACAUGUGGCUGUACCAAGAGAUCGGGGACAUCGGGGUGCUCAAGUUCCUCUCGUGGACCCUGUUCCCCAUGGCACUGGCCGCCUUCUCCACCGGCUUCUCCCAGAGCAUCACCCCGCACUCUGGAGGCUCCGGCAUCCCGGAGCUGAAGACCAUCCUGAUGGGCGUGGUGCUGGAGGACUACCUGGCCAUCCAGAACUUCGGAGCCAAGGUGGUGGGGCUGACCUGCACCCUGACGUGCGGCAGCACCAUUUUCCUUGGCAAAGUGGGUCCCUAUGUCCACCUCUCUGCCAUGGCCGCAGCCUAUCUGGGGAAGAUGAGGACCACGGUCACGAGGGAAUAUGAGAACAAGUUCAAGCAGCAUGAGAUGCUGGUGGCAGCUCAAGCCGUUGGGGUGGCCACAGUCUUCGGGGCGCCCAUCAGCGGUAAGGACCCCCCUAAUCCCACCCUGGGCACCCCUAAACCUCGCCCUGAUCCCUCUUCCCGUUUUUCCAGGGGUGCUUUUCAGCAUCGAGGUGAUGUCCCCCCACUUUGCCGUGCGGGAUUACUGGCGCGGUUUCUUCGCCGCCACCUGCGGCGCCUUCAUGUUUCGGCUCCUGGCCGUGUUCAACAGCGAGCAAGGCAAGGCAGGGCAGGCAGGAUGUGCCCCCUCUUCCCCUUUACCCUCCCCCAGGACCUUUUUGGGGUGCUCAUCUCCAAACCCACACUCUCAUUCCUGUCCCCCCUCCCAGAAACCAUCGCCGCUGUUUUUAAGAGUGACCUCAAGAUUGAUUUUCCCUUUGACCUCCUGGAGACCUUCUUUUUUCUGAUUUUGGGGGCCAUCUGUGGGAUCGUGGCCUGUGCUUAUCUCUUCUGCCAGCGCUGGAUGAUGGUGGCCGUCAAGAGGAACCGGCUGACGGCCAAGCUCUUGGCCACCGACAAACCUGUGUACACGGUGCUGGUGGUGCUGCUCCUCGCCUCCAUCACCUUCCCGCCUGGGCUGGGGCAGUUCAUGGCCUCCAGGCUCACCAUGAAGGAACUUCUCAUCUCCCUCUUUGACAACCGCACGUGGAGCGUGCUGGCUGCCAACACCUCGGGGGUGGCCAAGCCUGGGGGGCUCUGGCAGGAGUGGGACCAUCCCUCUGCCACCAUCUAUGGCACCUUGACCUUCUUCCUGCUCAUGAAGGUAACCAUGGCUCCCCAAUCUCUGGGUGUGCCUCCCAACAUGGUGUCCCCAUGGGGUGACCCCCGUUGUGCCCCCCCAGUUCUGGAUGCUGAUCCUGGCCACCACCCUGCCCCUGCCAGCCGGGUACUUCAUGCCCAUCUUCAUCUAUGGAGCAGCCAUCGGGCGCCUGGUGGGGGAGGUGGUGGCCCUGCUCUUCCCACAGGGGCUCCAUUCAGGACUCCCACGGCCCAUUAUUCCUGCUGGCUACGCCCUGGCUGGCGCAGCCGCGUUCUCGGGCUCGGUGACCCACGCGGUGUCCACGGCCCUGCUGGUGUGCGAGGCCACCGGGUACCUGGGCCACGUCCUGCCCACCGUGCUGGCCGUGCUGGUGGCCAACGCCAUCAGCCAGAAGAACCAACCGUCCUUCUACGACGCCAGCAUCAUCGUCAAGAAGCUGCCCUACCUGCCCCCCAUCCGCAGCCGGCACAUCGCGUAAGCCCCCGCCCCAAACCCCACGUUUUGGGGGCAUUCUCUGGGAAACAAUGGAAAUUUGGGGGUUUUGUGUUCUCCAGCUCCUACCGAGUGGUGGUGGAGGAGUUCAUGGAGCGCCAGGUGGUGGCCUUGGCCAAGGGGGAUGGUUUCCAGGAGGUGCUGCUGGCCUUGGACGCCACUGCCGAUGCAGAGUACCCUGUGGUGGAGAGCACAGGGUCCCCCACUCUGGUGGGCACCAUCAGCAGGUCCCAGCUGGUCACCUUCCUCCAGAGCCACAAGCACCCUCAGGCCCCCCAAGAGGAGAAGCUGGCCACCGUGGGGACACUCGGGGAUGACUGCGCCAUCGAGCCCAUCAUGCUCCAGUUCUCCCCGUGGACCUCCCUGCACCAGGUCUAUCACCUGUUCCAGCUGCUGAAGCUGCAGCGAGUCUUUGUCACCCGCUCUGGGGAGCUGGUGGGAGCCGUGAGCAGGGCAGAGCUGCAGAGAGCAAUCGAGGACCUGGCCAACCCCAAGUGAUGACGUUUUGGGACCACAGGGGACCCCUCCCCACGGACAUCCCCAUGAAAAGAGGGGGAGUCCUGACCCCCCGGCGGUGUGGGGGGGUCUGUGCUGGGGGCGUUGGUUCUCCGGCAGAGUGUGUUGUGCAUUAAACCAUCGACCCAUCAGU